UCAGCUACUUGGAGCCGUACCUGGUAACAAAUAAAGCCUGCUCACCUUUCUCUUUAAUGCCCAGUAGAUUUACCUCCAACCAAUGGAUACAAUUAUCGAAAUGCCUGCAGAGCCAUUGAAUUCCAUGGAGGAAAAGAUGAAGGAAUUUGAUUCUGCCUUGCAUGAAGUCCAAAACCAAAAACAACAACAAGCACAAGGUUCAACACCUCCUCAAACAACCAAACCUUUGAUACAAAGAGUUUCACCACUCUUACUCAAUAUGAAGGCGGAUUUUCAGAUAUGUUUCGAACCAAGGCUGGUAGCUCUCGGCCCUUUCCACCACGAUAACCCCAAGUUCCAGCGUGCCGAGCAGUCCAAGCUUAAAUUCGCCGCUCUCUUCGUGCAUGUCAGCGGUACUAACCGUGAUGACCUGUUCGACAAGGUCAAGGCACAGAUAGAUGAUUUGAGGAAGUGCUAUAAGCCGGAGGACGUUGAAGCUUACGACAAUGACAAGCUAGCUUGGGUGUUGUUCGUUGAUGGUUGUGCAGUGCUGUGUGCUGUACGCUAUGAAAACCAACUUCCUUACAAGCUGCUUAAGAUAUUGAUUGGCUCAGCCAAAGAUUCCCAAAUAUGGGAACAAUCAAUCACAGACUUUAUAGCUCACAACCUUAUGACAAACACAGAACAUCGGAAGGGAAAACAUGUAGAUGGUGAUAAAGAUUAUGCACAUCUUUUGGAGCGGUUACGUGACGAGCUCCUGACAGGGGAGGAAAUGAAGAUAGAAAAUAGCAAGAUUGGUAGGAUGCUGCUGUCUUGGGGAGACAGUCGCAGACAUAGGAAAACGUUUCGAAGCAUAAAGGAACUUAAAGAAUCGGGGAUACACGUGAAGCCGAGCACGACGAAGAACCUCAAGGACAUCCACUUUUAUUGCAACUUCUUGGGGAAACUGAUGAUGCCGCGCUUGUUGGUGGACGAUUCGACGGCUUCCAAGUUCUUGAACUUGGUAGCUUUAGAGAUGUGUCGGGAUUUCAAGAACGAUUUCGAGGUCACAUCGUACUUAUGUUUCAUGGACACACUCAUUGAUUCAGCAGAUGACGUUAAGGAGCUGCGAGUUACGGGCAUACUGCAUAAUUAUUUUGGCAGUGAUGAAGAAGUGGCCAACCUUUUCAAUAAAAUGAGCAGGGAUUUGGUGCCGGACCAGGGAAGGUACGAAAAAGUCAUAAAAGACAUCCAUAAGUACUGCAACAAUCCAUGGACGGAUGCCUUGGCUCAAGUCUAUUACACCUAUUUUAGUACCCCAUGGACUUUCCUUGCCUUUAUUGGUGCCAUUAUAGGCCUUCUUUUCUCUGCCAUUCAAGCUUAUUUCUCGUUGCCACAGAACAGAAAUAGUUAAACUCCUUGAAUCCAGCCCUUUACACUGUGCUUUCAACCAUUUGUUUUUAUUAUAGUAUAUAUACAAUAUCCUGCCUCCAUUGUUUGCCAGCCUAGUGCCACAUUUUCCACUUUGUUUUAUAAUAAGGGGUUGUUUGGUUUCAUGUUGUAACUCUUUUUUCUUUUUUAAUUUCUAAAACGAUUAUAAAAACCGGCUUUUGUAAUUGGAUUUAUUGGUGAUGAAAUAUAUGGGUGAUUUAUUUGUAUA